CGCCGCAGGUCGGUGGCACUCCGCCCGCCACCCGUCACUCGUUGCUACCUCGGCGGGAAUAAUCGGUCAAGUUGAUUUCGUAUCCAUCACUUUGAACAAUUUUCUUAUGGUUAUCGUGAAAGCAAAACUACAAAACCUGUCGCAUCAAACAAUUAAUGUUAAACUGAAAAUAAAACGUCUGGUGCCGAGCCGCUUCACAGUCUUGCGUAGUCGAAACGUUCAGUGCAAAAAUCACAAUUGGUCAACAUUUAACAACAAGCAUGUUCGCAAUCGUGGGCUGUUGACCUGCUGCAAACUCGCUUGGCUCUGCGAAUGUGAACGAACGAAGCAAACGAUCUUUUCCGUCGACUAGUUUGUGAAAUCAGCGUGUAAUGUAUACAAUGAAAAUUUAUUGACAUUGUUAUGAUGUGGCAUUUUGUGAGCAGGGAAAUAUUUUGAAAUAAAUGACAAUACUUUCGACCUUGUAUCCUUGUAAAAUGGCGCCUCACCCGUCAUUAUUAUUAUUACAUUCGGAGCAAACUUCGUGACGAUCUCCGCUCCCCUCACUCGUUGCUCGCCGCCGCCGCCGCUCCCUCCCCGCGGAUGCGUAUCCGAUCCGAUUGUCGCGACUCUGGCUGGCGUUUCGUAUACAACUUGUCAAACUAGUUAGGUUAUUUAGAUGAUUGAAGUGAAACUGCUGCAGAUAAUGGCCAAUAUGGACGUACUAUUUAAGACGUAAUUUAUGUCAGCUGGGUCACAAAUUCAGAUGGCACCACAAACUACUGUCAACACGGGGCAGCCACUACACAACCAGGAUUCCAAUAUGAGCACAGGGUCAUCACAUAGUGAUAAAGAAGUAGAUGCAGUGACCCCUGAGAAAUCUGCAGCUAUGCGAGGUUCUACUGUCGUUGCCAGCACAGCCUUGGUCCCACCUAGUGGUGCCACACCUACUAUUGCUAUGCCAGAGAGGAAAAGAAAACGAAAAGGAGAAGAGGGCGUCGGUGGCGGCGGAGGAGGCGGCGGCGGCAAGCAGCGUCACAAUUCAGACAAAAACAUCCGGGAAUAUUUCUCUAAGCAUCCUUCCUCCAGCCCCGUACGGCUAACCGGCGCCAAAUCCCCUUCACCUAGCUAUCCAAUGUACCCACCGUCACCCUCAUCAUUGCUGCCUUCGGGAGCCGACUUCUUACGAUCGGCACCGCAGCAGCGACCUCUCACUUCUGCUAAACAGGUUCAAACAGAACUGACGUGUCAGAGGAUACAAGAGUUAGAAACUCAAGCAUCAUCUGAUUUAGAACUAAGGAAUAAUAGGAUAGAAGAAUUAACAAGGAGUAAUGAAGAACUGAAGCAUCAGGUGCAAACACAGAGCAAGGUUAUAGAGCAACAUAAAUCACACAUUAAUAAGUGUAUAGAUGUUGUAAAGAAGUUAUUGAACGAGAAGAGUACUAUUGAGAAGAAGGAAGCCAGACAAAGAUGCAUGCAAAACCGGCUCCGGCUCGGCCAGUUUGUCACGCAGCGUGUCGGCGCUACCUUCCAAGAGAACUGGACUGAUGGAUACGCAUUUCAAGAGCUCACUAGGCGGCAAGAAGAAAUAACGGCGGAAAAAGAAGAGAUUGAUCGGCAAAAGAAGUUGCUGUUCAAGAAGCGACCGUCGAACAACGAGGGCGGGGGCGGGCGCGGCAAGCGUACCGCCAAUGCGGCGGCACCUACCACGCCGCAACCGCAACCGUUGCAUAAUGGCACCGACCCGCCCACCUUCCUCAAGCCUGACCCUCUGCCCAGCAUGACUUGGCAGGAGUACUAUGAGGCUGAUGAAAUACUUAAGUUGAGACAAAGCGCGCUAAAGAAAGAAGACGCAGACCUGCAGCUAGAAAUGGAGAAACUAGAGCGGGAGCGUAACCUGCACAUUAGGGAACUAAAACGGAUACACAACGAAGACCAGAGCCGCUUUUCGCAGCAUCCAGUGCUCUCUGAAAGAUACCUAUUGCUAAUGCUCCUCGGCAAAGGCGGGUUUAGCGAGGUUCAUAAGGCAUUUGACCUGCGCGAGCAGCGCUACACCGCCUGCAAGGUGCAUCAGCUUAACAAGGACUGGAAAGAAGACAAGAAAGCCAACUAUAUCAAACACGCACUGCGAGAAUACAACAUUCACAAAGCGCUGGAUCAUCCGCGGAUCGUGAAGCUCUACGAUGUGUUCGAAAUCGAUGGCAACUCAUUUUGUACAGUUCUCGAGUACUGCAAUGGACAUGAUCUCGACUUUUAUCUCAAACAGCAUAAGACUAUACCGGAGCGUGAGGCUCGGUCAAUCGUGAUGCAAGUGGUGUCGGCGCUCAAGUAUCUAAACGAGAUCAAACCGCCGGUGAUUCAUUACGACCUGAAGCCGGGCAACAUCCUCCUGACCGAGGGUAACGUCUGUGGCGAGAUCAAGAUCACCGAUUUCGGCCUCUCCAAGGUUAUGGAUGAGGAGAACUAUAACCCCGAUCAUGGCAUGGAUCUCACCAGCCAAGGCGCGGGCACUUAUUGGUACCUGCCACCAGAGUGCUUCGUAGUCGGAAAGAACCCACCAAAGAUCAGUAGUAAGGUGGACGUGUGGAGCGUGGGAGUGAUCUUCUACCAGUGCCUCUACGGCAAGAAGCCGUUCGGGCACAACCAGAGUCAAGCGACGAUUCUGGAGGAGAACACAAUCCUCAAGGCGACUGAGGUUCAGUUCGCCAACAAGCCCACAGUCAGCAACGAGGCUAAGAGCUUCAUCCGCGCGUGCCUUGCGUACCGCAAGGAGGAGCGUAUCGACGUGUUCGGGCUGGCGCGGCACGAGUACCUGCAGCCGCCCAUGCCGAAGCCGCCUUCAGCGCCAACCUGUUCGGCGCGGGCUCGUCGUCCUAGCCGCGCCGCCGCCGCCCCAAACAGCCGGCGGCGCACUGACCCGCCGCGCGCCCCCCGCCUCCUCCGCACCCUCGUCGGUCGCUCCUCGGACUAGUGCAAGGGGCCCCGUGCGGUGGGGCCCGCGGGACGCGCGAACGUUCCUACCGAGCGGACUGGCACGUGAUCACGCCCGCCUCGCGAGCGCUCCUAGGCGCGUACUUUUUAGUUUGAACUUUGUCAGUUAAUCCAGAGUUGUAAAAUGACUAAAUAUCAUUUACAGAUUAAAAUUGUUUAAGAUUAUGCUUACUGUUGACUGUAUUUAUUGAGCAGGUGAUAAAAUGUGAUUCUCCAUUUGUGAAUGGUUUUAUCCUUUUAUCACUAGAGAAAAAUCCUUGGGACUAUCCCUUGCAUAUUAUAUAAGUUAUCCCUAUUAAAAAAGUUAAAAAUAUUAUGAAAUGUUUUC